CCGAGGCCCCACCCACCCGCGGCGCGCCGAGCGCUCGAGUCACCGGGGCUCGACUGCUCAGGCCUGCGCCGCCGCCGUCAAACGCCCUCAGGCUGCCCUGCAGAUCGCCGAUCGUGAGUUCCGUCCGCUCGCCGUGGAUCGCCCGCUCUCGUGGAGGCCGUGGACUGACCCGCGCCGAAGUCAUGUUUCGCAAUCAGUAUGACAAUGAUGUCACUGUUUGGAGCCCACAGGGCAGGAUUCAUCAGAUUGAAUAUGCAAUGGAAGCUGUCAAACAGGGCUCAGCCACGGUUGGUCUGAAAUCAAAAACCCAUGCAGUGCUGGUUGCAUUGAAGAGAGCACAGUCAGAGCUUGCAGCUCAUCAGAAAAAGAUUCUCCAUGUUGACAACCAUAUUGGUAUCUCUAUUGCGGGCCUUACUGCAGAUGCUAGACUGUUAUGUAAUUUUAUGCGUCAGGAAUGUUUGGAUUCCAGAUUCGUUUUUGACAGACCUCUUCCUGUGUCUCGUCUUGUGUCUCUAAUUGGAAGCAAGACCCAGAUACCAACACAGCGAUAUGGCCGGAGACCAUAUGGUGUUGGGCUGCUUAUUGCUGGUUAUGAUGAUAUGGGUCCUCACAUUUUCCAGACCUGUCCAUCUGCUAACUAUUUUGAUUGUAGAGCUAUGUCCAUUGGAGCCCGUUCUCAGUCAGCUCGUACUUACUUGGAGAGACACAUGUCUGAGUUUAUGGACUGCAAUUUGAAUGAGCUGGUUAAACAUGGUCUACGUGCUUUGAGAGAGACUCUUCCCGCAGAACAGGACCUAACUACAAAAAAUGUUUCUAUUGGAAUUGUUGGUAAAGACUUGGAGUUUACGAUUUAUGAUGAUGAUGAUGUAUCUCCAUUCCUGGAAGGUCUCGAAGAAAGACCUCAGAGAAAGGCACAGCCUGCCCAACCUGCUGACGAACCUGCAGAAAAGGCCGAUGAGCCAAUGGAACAUUAACUAGUUAAUACAUAUACUAACAACUAUGUGCGAUGCAAGAAUACAUGAUGAAGAAAAUACUCCAUACUUUGAACCAAAAGAUUCAGAGUAAUUAGGAAUGAGUCCAGAUGAGAAGCUUUUUCAAGCAAUCUUACUGAAACCAUAUGAGGUGCAUUUUUCUUUAAAAGGGCCUACAUCAUAAUUUCUAGAAAGUAUAGGUAUCUACUAAUGUUUUUAUAUGAAGAACAUAGUGUCUUUGUGUCUUUAAGGACUACUGUGAAAUAAAGUUGUUUCACCUGAUGGCUAUUGGA